AUGAAUAUCAAUUCUCCACAUUCUCAAGAGUCCUUAACUCUUCACUACAGCCAAGAAGAAUCAGAAGAAUAUUUAGUGGAUAUUGAGACCAUGACUCCACCAGAUGAUAAAAACUAUGAUGACGACCCAGUGUUUGACUUUGAGCAAAACUUGUAUGAGCAAGCCUUAGUUUCAGCAGAACUUAAAGAUGAUCCAUGGAAAGAAUUUAAUACGGAAGACAUACAAAUUUGGCAAGAAGUAAGCUUCGAGGAAACUAGCGGUAAAUAUACUGAAGAGAUUCCUACGAUUAUAACAAAACCAACUACGCCCUGUGUCAUAAUCGAUAAUGAACAUGGAGAAAUACGCCGCUCUGAUACUGAAACUGCUCUUCUUCACUUUUCAAGGCUAAUUGAAACGGUGGCAUAUUCAGAAAAUGAUAGAUUAAAAGAGCAUUUACUUCAAGCUCUUUUUCCAUGUCUAGAAAACUUUAACUUAGAUUUACCUUCUUCACAACCUAGUAAAUUACCUAGUUUGUUUGUAGUUAAUACAGCUUUUAAAAAUAAACAGUUUGAUUUUUCUAAACAACAAUUUACACAAAAACCUAAGAAAUAUGAAGAAUUUGGAAAAUCACUUGCUCUUGAAGUUUUAAGAUCACGCUCCAGUUUGGAUCCUUACAAGUUAAUAUUGGAAAUUGGUCUUGAUGUUGAUCUAUGCGGAAAAAAUUUAUUCAUAAAAGAAUGGAUGAAGAAGCUUUCUCAAAUUUUCAAACAAUUGAUUGCAGAACAUCCAAUAGAUUUUGCUAUGAAUGAAAUAAAUGUCGUACUCAAACGAGAAAUUAACCGUAAGGAGGCAUUGUGGAAACUAGUGGAAACGCUCUAUAAAGCUAUUACCUCUAAUCAACCCAAAAAGCAUUCAUUGUUUAAGACUGCUAAUCAGCUAAUACUAAGUGAAUAUGAACGUAUUUUUACCUGUUAUAACAAAGGUGUAAUUAGAAUUACGAAAAUUGUUAGGCAAGAUAUCUUGUAG